UGUUUCUUUUAUUUAUUUUUUCUGCAUUUCUUUGUGGUUGUAUGUGCGAGUUUUGCUACAUAUAGUGUAUGGUUUUUAGGAUGGGGGCGUUUUGUUUCUUUUGUUGUCUUUUAGGUGGUUUCCCAUUAUUGGGAUUGACCAAUCCAAUUGAUGAUUUUCAGGCUGAUAAAUGGGACUAUGACACUCCAUCCCAAAAGACUGUGGCUAAGCUUGGGAUAGGACAUUCAAAACCAAAGCUCUUUAUGCCUGCUAAAGGGAUUCCUUUCAUGAUAUCUCCCUUUCCAGAAAGCCUUUUGGAUCCUCGAGCACUGACUGGUCCCAGUGCCAAACUGCCACUAGCUCUAAAGGCUUUGUUGAACCCUACACCUCCAAGGCCUGUGGUGACCCUACCUGUACUCCCCAAAUCUGAUGUGUCUUUGGCUUGUAGCCUCUCUAAGAUGAUGGUGAGGGUUAAAAAAGCAUUCUUUGGUUUUGGCUACACAGAGGCUGAACUUGUUCUUGGUAAUAACUGCAAAAGCAAUGGCAAAGAUGAAGCCAGUGGAGAUUUGCUCUUUAAUUAUCCUCUUAAUGCUUGUAAUGGUAAAAGAUCAAUGCAUGAGGGAUGUCUGACGUAUGAGAAUGUCCUCCAUUUCAAACCACAAAUAGUGCCUGGAGUAAUCCGUAGAAAGCAGCCUGUCAAUGUUGCUCUGCAAUGCUGCUAUUUCAGGUACUACCAUGUAUACAAAGCUGCAGUGCACCCUACCUGGAGUGCCCCCUCUGGUGUGAAGACUCUUCAUCAUCCUUCUGGCAUGGUUUUGAAGUUGAUGGACGCUACCUUUUCCAAGCCAUCUGAAGCUAAAGAAUAUCAUUUGGGCCAAGAAAUCCACUUUCAGGUGGCUAGUUAUCCCGACCGUAGCAGACAAUGGCUCUUCCUUCACUCCUGCUUUGCAACUCCUAGUCCAAAUCCUAAUUCCAGUCCACGAUACACAGUAAUUGACAACUAUGGGUGUAUGGUGGAUAGUAAACAAGAAAGCUGCUCCUCCAGAUUUGAGAGGCCAAGGAUUGCUAAUGUCGUCUCCUUUACAGUAUCUGCUUUCCAGUUUAAUGACCACAAGCAGGUUUACUUUCACUGCAAGAUGUUUACAAAGAAAAGCCAAGAUGUGACCAACACUGCCAAGUUCUGCACUUACAACAAAAAACUGGCAAGGUGGCAAGAGCUUGGUGGUCAUGACAGAGUAUGUGAAUGCUGUGACUCAGUCUGUGGCCCUGCAGAAUAUGACGAAGUUACUGAAAGCCAUGGCCCAGUGGAGGUGGGCCACGACUCGCCCACGGACGAGGAGGUGGGCCACGACUUCGCCCACGGACGAGGAGGUGGGCCACGACUUCGCCGCGGGCGAGGAGGUGGGCCGCGACUUCGCCCGCGGGCGAGGAGGUGGGCCACGACUUCGCCCGCGGGCGAGGAGGUGGGCCACGACUUCGCCCGCGGGCGAGGAGGUGGGCCCGACUUCGCCCGCGGGCGAGGAGGUGGGCCACGACUUCGCCCCGGGCGAGGAGGUGGCCCGCGACUUCGCCCGGGCGAGGAGGUGGGCCCGACUUCGCCCCCGGGCGAGGAGGUGGGCCGCGACUUCGCCCGCGGGCGAGGUGGGCCCGACUCGCGCCCGGGCGGCGAGGUGGGCCCGACUUCGCCCGCGGGCGAGGAGGUACGGCCCGACUUCGCCCGAGGAGGUGGGCCGACUUCGCCCGCGGGCGAGGAGGUGGGCCGCGACUCGCCCGCGGGCGCCCACGCCACGACGGGCGAGGAGGUGGGCCACGACUCGCCCACCGGACGAGGAGGUGGGCCACGACUUCGCCACGGACGAGGAGGUGGGCCACGACUCGGUCCUUGGCAUGGAUCAAUCAAAAGGAUUUUGGCAGUAUUACUGAGGUUCAUCUUGGACAUGAUGCAGAUGUGA